ACAAACAGAUCACACCCACGGUCACACACCAGACUAGCAACACUCGAAGUCCACUCUUCUUCAGCCAGUGAUUUCCAUCUAGAUCCUUAGCGGAUGGGACUCCACAAAAUGUUGGAUACGUCAUGGAAAUGGGGCCUUCUGGUGUUUUCCUUCUCUGUCGUCAACGUCUGCUUAGCAGAGGUAAAUUUUACUAAACUAAUCAGCUCUCAGGAAGUGUGCUCCCUUGACCCGACGGUUAAUAUUGGCACUUCCCUGCCGACAUCUGAUUGCUGUUCCGAGCCCCUUAACAAUAGAUCUUGUUCUCAACAAUACAACGGCCGUUGCAUGUUAAAAUGGUCGACUGGAUCGUGUCCUUAUACCGUCGAUGUUUGCUCUUCAGAGAUUUGCACUUGUUGUGGUUCAUGCAGUGAGCUGAAUACCAACAGCCAGUGUAAACUCGCAGGAGGGCGGUGCGCCAGAAUCUGUUCCAAUAAUGAGUACAACGCUUGGUGGAUCCCUUGUCAUCACGGAUGCUGCAAAUGUUGCAGAAAGAAGUGUGAACUCUUCAGCUGCGCCAACGGCCGAGGCUAUUGUUCUCCCACCGGACAGUGUGGACGUGGGUAUUACCCCAGUGGAUUUUGUUCUGGAUUCGAUUGCACUUGCUGUGUCCAUUGCCAGAACAGUAUUCAUUGCUACUUUGGUGGAGGAUUCUGUGAAUGGAAUAAGAGAGCGUGUCCUCGCGGAUAUUUCUCUGGCUUCUUCAACUGCUGUCCUGACCCAGAGUGCCGAUGCUGUUACCGAUGGCCAAUUCCAUUAAUAGUAACAUCGCAGUGUCCAAGGACCUUACCAGCAAAUAGAGCUGGUGAGUCAAACCAGCUGGAGCAACGAAAAGAAGAACAAAAUUUGGAUUUGAACUGAGGGAGCAGAAGCUGCCUUCUCAAGAUUAUUUAAUUAUAUUGUUGUCCUUAUUAGCACGCUCAGUCUUCCUUGCAAAAUAACUGAAGGAUAAAAAGAACUAUUAUUAUUAUUAUUAAUUAUUAUUAUUAUUAUUAUUAUUAUUAUUAUUAUUAUUACUGAGAACUGUUUGCUAAAAUAUAGAAAAAAUAAGGAUAUGACUCUUUGACCAAGUUUCUUGAGAUGCGCCAACAGACUCCUACAGGGAAUUUUUAUCAUUUCUUUUUAUGUAUCUGUUGUAUUUCCAUAGUAAUUCUCAUUUUUAACCGCAAUAGUAAUUAAUCUAAUCUCCCAAUAAAUCAAAGAUGCACGGCUAGUAUUUACUAAAAUACGAAGGAACGUCUCUUUCAAAGAUACAACAUUUUAAAUCAGUCUGUUCAGAAUGAAUGACUAAGUAUCCCCUGAAUUUAGAAUUUAUCCCUCCAUUUUCAACAGUUCAACGUUUGUACAAUGAUUGUUUCUGAGUUUAGUUAAUAUCAAAAGAAUGUUGCAGCAUGAAUAUUCUUUGACAGGGAAAAUUGAAAAUUUGAUUAUAUACCUACAAAAGGAAAUAAUAGUUUAAUGGAGAAACUGUAUGUAUACAGUCCGAGCAUACAUCAUAUAAAUUGGCUAAUUUAUUAAAACAACUUAUUCAUACCUCUUUGGGUUUAGCAAAUUUGUAUUUAAUAAAAAUCAUCUCGAAAUUGCAAAAGAAUAUACACAAACCAAAUGCUCUUCGGCAGCAAUUCAUUCGCCCCUAUUGUGUGGUCCUGGUAUAAGAUGAUUUAGAUAAUUUGUAAUAAUUUCUUUAUUAUAUGCAGUUAUCAGUAAAUAAAAUAUAA